CAUGAACAAUUGGGUUGAAUUGAUUGGAUGUCACAAGGUCACUGGCACAAAAUGCGACUUUACUUCCACCAACUUAAAUGUAUUUGAAAAAAUAAAAGUGCGUAUAAGAUCUGAAAAAGGACAAGAAACAUCACCAUGCACAAAUUGGUCCUCCAGAAGUACAGUUAGAAGCUGAAGAUAAAUCAAUAAUAAUAAAUAUUUCUCCUCCAGGAACAAGUAAUAGUAACAUGUGGGCUACUGAUAAUCAAAGGUUUACCUACAGUUUAGUUAUUUGGAAAAACUCUUCAAGUAUAAAAGAAACCCAUCAUACUGUUUAUUCCAGAGAUAAAAUUAAUGAUCUCACACCAGAAACUACUUAUUGUUUAAAAGUUCAAGCAAGAUUACCUAUUCUGAGAAAAAAUGGUUCCUACAGUCCAGUAUUUUGUAUAAAUACUACAGCUGAACAUAAACUACCUCGUCCAGAAAAUGUAGAAGUUGAUGCUGUAAAUAAUAACUAUGUUCUUAAAUGGAAUUAUCCAUAUGAAAAUAUGAACUUCGAAGUUCAAUAUCUCCUUGGCUUUUAUAAAAGAAUUCUAAGUGACUAUUCAGAUAAAUGGAAAGUUAUAUCUGGUUGUAAAAAUAUCACAAGUAAACAUUGUGACUUCUCAAAAGACAUCACCACAGAUGGAAUUUAUUAUCUACGUGUACAAGCUUCAAAUGGAAGUAUCACAUCUUUUUGGUCUACUGAGAAAAAAUUUGAUACUAUGAUAAAAACCAAUAUAGCCCCUCCAAGCAUAAAGGUGAUACCGAGUGGUGAUUCAUUCUCUAUCUACAUUAGUGCUCCAGAAGAAUCUGAAAAAAAAUUAAUGAGCCAGAAUUACCCAUUAAUCUAUGAAGUUAUUUACUGGGAAAAUAAUUCAAAUAUUGAGAACAAAUUGAGAGUAAAACAGAAAUUGCUUAAAGUUUCUGAUUUGCAGCCCCUGACUACGUAUUGUUUCAAAGCCAAAGCAUUUCUUCAGGAUAAUAAAAGCAAUAAAAGCAGUCAAUUUAGUGAUGUUGUGUGCAGUAAAAUGACACCAGGUAAACUGGCAGUAUCCUGGAUUAUAGUCAUUUGCAUUGUUUGUCUUAUGAUGCUAGUCCUUGUAUUUUAUUGUUCAAAAGUUCUAUUAAAACAGGUAAAACAUAUAUUCUCUCCAUCUUGGAAACCUCCUUCAAGUAUGAGUGAGAGGUUCUCUGAUCAACCAUUGAAAAAUCUGCUUGUCGCUUCAGAAGAACAAACAGAAAGUUGUAUAAUUGAAGAAACAAAUAUUGUUAUGUUAGAAGAAACAGAUCAAAAUGGGAAAAGUGAUGUUAUUUGUAGUAAACAAGACAAUCAAGAUUCAGGAAACUUUUCCAACAAGGAUGAAACUAGUAGUAGUAGUAAAGUGACUGAAGAAGCGCUACAACUAGAAACUAUGCCACAGUAAACAUACCUUGCCAAAGGUCAGCCUGGGAGCCUGAGUCCCGUGCCCUCCUGAGCAUUUCUGAGAGAAUUUGGACAGAGGAAUGAAGCCUAACCUUAGAGUUUAAGCUCCCAAAUUCUUAGUUAAUGCUUCUCUAUUUAAAAGUGGAACUCCUGGGGGCCACCAAGCGGCACAGUAGAUACAGCGCCAAGACUGGAGUCAGGUGGACCUGGGUUCAAAUGGGACCUCACUUCCUAGCAGUGUGACCCUGAGCAAGUCACUUAAUCCCAGUUGCCUAAGUCUUGCCACUCUUUUGUCUUAGAAUUGACACUAAGAUAGAAGACAAGGGUGACAUAAAAAUAAAAAACAUCAUGAAAUUCCUGGAAUUUAGAGCACAACCGCCAGGCACCCAAAGCCAGAAGUUGGACACCUGCCUCUACGUGACCUGCAAACGUGACUUGUUCCUGUUUCAUGGCUCACGACAUUCAGCGAAUUGGGGGGGGGGGGGGGCUGCUAAAUCUUUUACAUGUAUCUUUAGUAGAGAUGUAGCCUCUGGGCGAGCCACGGGCAGCCUUCCUUUAAACCAAGGCGGCCCACCACGAACAAACGCCCUCUCCUGGGCCUCUUUGGGAGCCAGUUAAAAGCAGCGUUUCGUUUUCUGUUUGUUUAAAAACAGUCUCAUUAGGAGACAGGAAAACACCGGCCGGGUGCCGGAGCUACACUACCUCCGACUAGUUAGAGUGCAACUUCCUUUGAACAGGUUCCUUCAUCGCCUUUAAAUCAAAGAAACCCCCGGAAUCACGUGACAGCCUCGCGCGGCGCCCUUUCCGUGCGGCAUGACAGCCGAGCCCAGGAGCGCAGAGGUCACAGACCUAAGGGGCCCCUCCCUGCCGUGCUAGUGACCUGCUACAACAGCGACUUCGUGUUGUUUACAGUCCCGAAAUUGUCUGCUGAGGAGCGUGUUCUGAAGGCUCUUUACAAGGCUUGGCGUCUCCAGGAACAACCCGCAUUUAUGUCGUUCUCCGAGUCCUUUUAUCCCAGCCGCGCGCGCGAGGAGGAACGAAGACACCUACAGAGGAAGGCCGUCAUUUAGGUUGUGGGACACUAAAUGGCCUGUCCGUGGCCUCACCGCGUACCACACAGUACAAAGCAGAGUACAAAGCAGAGUGUGAACCCGGGGCUUCCGACUCGAGGGCAGCCAGUGCUGCGCUCUGGCUCUCGGUAUGAAGCUUCCUCAUGACAUGGGAGACUACAGAGGCCGAGAAAGAAAUGGGAGCGGACAGCAUCAGAUGUGGGGCCCGCCACCCCUCGUUCGACCCCCUCAUUUUAUACCUGAGGCGGCGGCGGUGCGGAAGUUUGUCGUUCGUGCCGGGCCGUCUGAGUAAUAAGUCGCCGUGCCAUUCGGCGUCAGUGCCACGUGGCAUGCACCGACUCCAGCGCGGGAGAAAAAUGAGUAACGAGGCCACCGUCUUGUGAAUGCACUCUAGACGCAGGUUGGCUUCUCCCUGCUACACACGGAUUUUUCCGGCCGUUUUCCCCUCCUCUUCGGCCAAGCUUUUAUUAGCCUACGGAACAUGCAAGCCUCUUUUUUAAAAAAUCCUGUGCUUUCCUAAUGAAUGAUGUUUACACUGUCUGCUCUUUACAUUACCCAUAGUGUUCCUCUGCUAGCACGGAUCACGGAAAUUUGACUUUUAGGGAGAUUUUCCACACAUUCUGAUGCCCUAAGAAGUUGGGAAACCAGCCGGCACAGCAUUGGCUGUGGGCCUAAUUUGAUGUUUUCCGGCCCAGGUAUCCGUGAGUCAUUCAACACCCUCCAUUACUAGCUUUCCUGGGCGUGUAUCGGAGCACAGGGCAGUUGCUAAUGCUCCAUUGCUACUUGGGGGGUGUAAGGGGAAAUGGCUUUGUUCCGAAUCCGCUCUGGUACGAACUGAUUGUAGAUACACUUUUGUAUACGCUUGUGUGUGAACACAUUAUCUCAUUACAUUAUUAUAGGAGAUACACAUUAUCUCCUAUAAAAUGGGAGCACCUUAAAGGCAGGGAUGGGUUUUUAUUGUUUUGUUGUCUUUGUAUCCAUCGUGUCUAGCCCACUACCUGGCCCGGAACCCACUUUUAAUGGAUGUUUUUUCUAGAACCUUUAUUUUUUAAAAAAUGUUUCUUACAUGUAAUUACAUGUAAAAAAGGCUUAACUUUUGUUUCUUAAAAUCGAGUUCCAAAUUUUCUCCUUCCUUCUUCCCUGCCCUCCCUCAAGGCAAGGAAUUGGGUCUCGGUUGUAUAUGUGCAGUUAUGCAAAAUGGAUUUUCAUAUUAGUCAUGUUGUGAAAGAAAAGAGACCAAAAAAUAAAAAAUGGGAAAACAAUUUUAAGGUGUUUUUUAAUGGCAUAUUUUGAUCUGCAUGUAGACUCCUUUUUCGACAUGAGGCCUUGGGAAUGGUCUUAGAUGAUUGUAUUGCUGAGCAUGGCCAAGUCACUCACGUUUGGUCAUUGUACAAUAUUGUUCCCGUGGACAGUGUUCUCCUGGUUUUUCUUACUUCGCUUUGCAUCAGUCCAUGUAAGUCUCACCAGGUUUUUCUGAAGGCGUUCUGGCCAUCAUUUCUUACAGCACAAUACUGUUCGGUGACAUUCAUAUACCACAACUUGUUCAGCCCUUCCCAGUCAGUAGACAUCCCCUCAAUUUCCAAUUUGCCACCGAAUAAUUAACUGCUAGAAAUAUUGUUAUACGUAUACAUCCUUUUCUUUUUAAAAAAAUCUCUUUAAAAUAGAAAACAGUUGUUUUGCUGGGUCAAAGAAUAGGCAUCGUUUUAUAGCUUUUUGACGAUAGUAACAAAUUGCUUUUCAGAAUGGAUGGAUCAGUUCAGAACUUCACCAAUUGUGUAUUAAGCGUCCCAAUUUUCCCACAUCCCCUCUAACAUUUGUCCUAGUCAUUGUCACCCUAUCCCUCCCCAAAAAUAUUUUGCUUCUGCCACAUUCUGCCCUCCUUUCUCUCAGUCCCCCCUUCUAUUUAUCCCUCUCCUCUCCUACUUCUCUGUAGGUAAGACAGAUGUUUAUACCCAAUUGAGUGUGUGUUAUUCCUACUUUGAACUAAUUCCGAUGGAGAAUAAGGUGCAAGUGUUGUCUGCCACCCUACCUCCCAUUUUCUCCACUAUAAAAACUCUUUUGAACCUCUAAUUUACCCCAUUCUACUUUUCCUCUCCUCCCGUUUUAUUUUUCUGGAUAUCAUUCCAUCAUAGCCUUUCUACACUUCUAACUGUUCUAAAAGGGAUAAAGUUCUCAAAAGUUUCACCUUCCCGCGUAGGAAUGUAAACCAUUUAAGCGUGUUGUAUCCCUUAUAUUCUCUCUCUUCUGUCUCUCUUUGGAUGCUUCUCUUGAGAAUUACAUUUAAAAGUCAGAUUUUCUAUUCAGGUCUGGUCUUGUCAUCAAGAAUGUUUGAAAGUCCUCAAUUUUAUUAUGUAUCCAUUUUUCCCUGAAAGGAUUUUCUCACCAAUUACAUGUAAUAACAAGGUUCUACAUAUCCUAAAUUAUAUGAUCGAACUUAUCUCCCCCCUCCCUCCCCUCCCUGCUGCCUCCUGGUGCUACAGGGAAUGCAGUCUGGGUAAUACAUGUAUUAUUAUGCAAAGCAUUUCCACAUUGUUCAUUAUUGUAAAAGAACACUUGUGUAAAAACCUAAACUGCAAAAUAAAAACCCAAAUAAACUAAAGUGGAAAAUCA